AUGGAAAGUAACAAUAAAAUAGUUUUUAACAUAAAACCACAAUAUUGGAAAUUCAAAGAAAUGAUAAAAGAUUUGGAACAUAUUGGUUUUCAGGUGACGGAUGAACGCCUAAAUGCGCAUGAGAUCGUUAGGAAAAACCUUUAUCCUCCUGGAGAAGUGAGCAAUAUAAUUUGCUCAUAUUUGUCACGUAAAUCAUGCAUAUUGAGAUGGCAAAAGGACGCUAAUAAAUACACCGUUAGAAGACAAGAAAGUAAAAAUUCAACCUGGAAUAACUUAGCAACUGACAUUUCUUGCAAUCAAUACAUCGUUGAUGACAUGGUAUUUGGUGAAACGUGCAAGUUUUGUGUUGUUGCUAAAAAUCAUCUUGGUGUAUCUGAUGACAGCAUUGUGUCUUAUCGUCACGAACUUCCAAACGUCAAGGGUGUCCAAUUUGAAGAUAUCGUGGAAAUUAUUAAAUCUAACGAUAUCGAGAAACUGAAAAAAUUACUAUCCAUUCAUCCAAACAUCGUUCACAUGAGAGGUAAAUAUAAACACACACCAUUGAUGUGGACAGUAUGGAACACCGACAAUACAUCAAUGGUGGAAAUACUUAUCUCAUAUGGGAGUGAUGUUUGGGCGGAAGAUAGAUUGAAACAAAACAGUUAUCAUGUCGCUGCAUAUCGUGAUCGUCACACAAUAUUAGAUAUGUUAUGUCGACAUGAUGUAACAAACAUCAACCGUGGAGAUGUUGACAACCGCACACCAUUAUAUUUUGCUGCAGCGCGUGGUCACAUCUCAUGUGUUGAUGUUUUGUUGCGUCAUGAAAAUAUUGAUGUGAUGAUCAAAGAUAAAUAUGGAUAUACAGCUUAUGAUUAUGCUGGAGUAUGGAAUGGACAAAACUGGGAAAUAAUAAGACGAAAAAUAAAAGAAUACGAAGACAGGACGAAGUGAAUAUUUCAAAUGAUUUUGUUUUGAAAAACAACAAUCAGUUUGUGAGAUGAGGAACGAGUCCAGUUUUUAGUUUUAUUUUAUAUUGUAAUAAAUUUAUUUGUAGUAAAACGUACUGAAACAUUUUUCUGUUCGAUUUUUAUCAAGCCUUGUUUCGUUUAUAUUUCAUUCAGGAAGCGACACAUGUCAAAGGUCACGUGUUUUUUUAAACUGUCUCAAACUUGCGGCAUGGUGCAAUGUAGAGUAAAUCUUAUUUAUUACAAACGUCAACUAAUAUACUUUCUCAACCUCGUCCCCAAGUCUUGUUAGGCCUUUAUAUUUUGAAGGCCCUGGCUGGUCACGUGACGACAGAAUACCCACGUAUAGUGGGUAUUUUGAAAAUAAUUAUUUGUCUCGCUCUUCCAAAAUAUACACAAGCAGUCGAGAAAAAAAUGAAAGAACUAACACAAUUAUUUAGAAUGGUUAAAAUAAUAUUAAUAAGAAAAAAAUUAUAUAUAUUUUUAUAUAAAUAUUUUUAUAUAAAUAUUUUUAUAUUGUAAAAAAUAUUUUUAUUUAUUUAUAAUAAUAUUAUUUAAUGUUUAAAAGAACUGUUAAUAAAUAUUGUAUAAUAUAUUAAACAUUCACACUUG